AAUAAACUCUCCAGAAUGAAGGUGGCACAAGUAGCUUGUUUUGUUGUUUGUAUUGCAGUUUGCACGGCCCAAGGUUGGAGCUCCCAAUAUAGUUGUAGAGCCAUUGUAAGAUCUGAUUGUUAUCAAUUUGGAAACCACCCAGAAUGUGGAACGAACGGUGUAACCUACAGGAACAGAUGUGAUUAUAGUAAAGCCCACUGUGCUGAUAGAAACAUACACGUUGCAUAUGAUGGGGUAUGCAGCACAACAACAACUAUGGCACCCUCUGGUACAACUUCCGGUACCGGAACUGGCACAGGGGGAGGCACCGGUCCAAUCAUUUCCGGUCCUGAGGCUGUGUUUGACUUCUUUUGCCUAGAACUUAGCCAUCACCCAUGUGAUACAGAUCUUGAAACUAUUUGCGCUUCUAAUGGAGUAACAUACAUAAACACAUGCGAAUUUGAAAAACAUCGUUGUACUCACAGAGAAAUAACAAUCGCCAAGUUUGAGAAGUGCUAAGUCGUGACUGAAUAAAAUAAAAAGACAUAUUAUUUUUUA